AUGCGCGACAGUGCAUGGCGUCUGCUAGGGCGCUGGAUGACUGAGAAGGACUGGAACACGGUUCUUAAUGCUGAGUCUUGUGAAGACAAGUUCAGGCUGUUGAUGAUGGGACUUACUUCUGCUAUAGAUACCUUCCUUCCACGAAAAAUAGUUAAGAAACACCGCUAACUGACCGUCCCUGGAUCUCUAAAAAACUGAAAGCCUGGAUUCGCGAAAGACAAUCUGCAUUUCUCAGACAUGGAAAGGACUCUGCGAACUACAAAUUUUGGAGGAAUAAGGUCCAGUGCGGGGUCAAAAAAGCUAAAAAUCACUACUAUCAUGAUGAAGUUGCUCAAGUGGAAUCCAUUAACUCCAGUAAGUGGUGGAGGCAAAUAAAGUCACAUACAGUAGGAGUAGUAGCAUCAGUUUCUUGGGGAUACCUUGAAUACCACAUUACUUGCAAAUAA